GCGGCUCCGCAGCGAGUCCCGGUCAGAGCUGCUCCCACCUCCUUUCGCGACGACGCCGUUGCUGCUCCUCCUGGAAGCCGAGGCUCGUUCGACGCUGCGGCUCCUCUCGCUGAACCGGACCCGGCCAUGGCUGACCAGCUCACUGAAGAGCAGAUUGCAGAAUUCAAGGAGGCCUUCUCCCUCUUUGACAAGGACGGGGAUGGCACCAUCACCACCAAGGAGCUGGGCACCGUUAUGAGGUCUCUGGGGCAGAACCCCACUGAGGCAGAACUGCAGGACAUGAUCAAUGAAGUGGAUGCUGAUGGGAAUGGUACUAUUGACUUCCCAGAGUUCUUGACCAUGAUGGCGAGGAAAAUGAAGGACACAGACAGUGAGGAGGAGAUUCGGGAGGCGUUCAGAGUGUUUGAUAAGGAUGGGAACGGCUACAUUAGUGCAGCUGAGUUACGCCACGUGAUGACAAACUUAGGGGAGAAGCUCACAGACGAGGAAGUGGAUGAAAUGAUAAGGGAGGCAGAUAUUGAUGGAGACGGGCAGGUCAACUAUGAAGAGUUUGUGCAGAUGAUGACCGCAAAGUGAAGCCCGCAGAGUGGGUGGCUGGCAAUGCCCAUUCUCCUUCGAUACUUUUCUCCAACACACUCUCUCUACUUAAGUAACCUGGUUCUCUAAGCAAACAAUCGGCUGUGGAAUAAAUCUGACCAAGCAAUUAAAGAAAAAAAAACUUCCCAAGCUGCAUGAUUGCACUCAUCUCCCCCUCCUCUCUUCUGGCUCUUUCCUUCCUUUCUUCCUUCCUUUUUUCCUUCCUUCCUUUCUUCUUUCCCUCUUUCCUUCCAUCCCUCCCUCCCUCCCUGGUGCCGCCCCCUACAGUCCCUUUGAGCCCCCAGCCUUGUGGAUGUCUUUGUUUCCAUCAGGUCUCCUUCUGUUCUGCGGUCAGAACUGGCCCGUCUCCCAGGGCGCAGAUUUUCUUUCUUUCAAGAAUCCACACGAUGGGGUGGAGAGAGCGCAAAAACCUCCUUACUCGUGUUGCAUGUGUCUGGCGCUGUGGUCGUGUGCGUUGACAUGGCUGUCGCCACCGAAGGUCUUGCCCCAAGGAACACCAGGGGGUGCAAGGAAGACACUGGGCUUCUUUUUUUUUCUCGCUUCGUUUUCUUGGAGGGUGGGAAAGGGGAGCUGUCCCACCCUCUGGGUGGGUGCCGCUGAAGGUGGGCUCCAGAGAGCUCUGUCGGCAAGAUCUGGGGAAGAGGCUGAUAGAGAGGGGGAAGGGAAGUGUCCGAUACUGUCCGAUUGGCUCUUUUACAAACGCAAACUCAACCACCCACAGUUUCAACUUCUGUCUCUAUUCUUUAACCCUGUAUAAAUUGUAAAUGUCCCGACAGUUUCCUAGGCAUUGUGUCCAGACAACAAGAGCUGCUAUGUAAAUAUCUGAUGCUACAAGCCCCUUUGGGGGUAGCGAUGGUGGAUGCUUUUGAUUGGCAGCUUGGGGGGAGGGAGUGGGGGAGGCGUUGGAAUGGAACCGCAAUAAAACAGUGAAGCAGCUGCUGAGUAAAUGCCAACUGCGCCAGAACGCCCUUUUCUCCCUACCCUUUCCUCGUGCAACGCUUCUUUUCGUAGUGGCUCUCGGUUUAAUGCUUGUGCCGCACCUUGGCUUUUGUGUCUCUGCUCUUCAAUGUUGCUUCCUUCCUUCGCCGGUUUCCCUGCUCCCCCUUUCCUGGCGGCAACCAGCAUGAGCCGCAGACUAAGUUGCUUCUCUUUUUCACGUUUAUUUUUUAAUCAAACGAAAAUAAAACUGUUUUGGAAGGGAAAUCGAACCGAUCAGCAGGAUUUCCCUGAAACCGGGUGAAAGAAGAGUGCUUUGUGUGCAUCCAUGGUGCAUUGGACCACGCUUCCUCUUACUUGCCUGUCUCCUGCACCCCUUUGUGAGUGGAGGGGGGAGAGAUCUCGCGUGAGAGCUUGGGAAGAGGGCGUGGGGAAGUAUGGAGCAAGAAUGUCUUUUGAAAGCAGGUGGUGUUGUGUUCAGUUCAAGCUGUGAAAAUAAAAUUAUAUCAAUGUUUUCCAAUAAAAUGCAGUGACUACCUGAAA